CCGCAGCUGCCCACGGAGCUUUCCGGGUUCGUCAAACGGCGUGUUUCACUCAUCGGCACUGGACAGGUGUUCGUCUAAAUGACCGGUGUUUGAGUUGUUUGUUUUUAUUCAACAGCUUUAAAAUCACCAUGAGAGGCCUGUGGAGUUAUCGGCUCUGCUGCAGUUCACCACCCCCCAACAACAACAACAACAACAAGAGCAGAGUCAGCAGAGCGACGCGCAUUAUUUCUCUUGAUAUGUGCUUUCCUUAGGAGGGCGUAGACGUUUCAGUGUGGGUUUAAAUCCCUUGCUGUUGCGAUUUUCUGCUCUCGCACAUCGGAAACUAGCAGCGACAUCCCAAGGAGGAGCGUCCGUAAGCUACCCCUGGUGUUUAUUACAAGAGAGGACGCACCGCGAGUCAGAGACUGACAAGAGCAAACAUGUUCGAGGCGAGAGGAAUCUCCUUUGUCUUGCUGGACAUAGCCUGUCUUAUCAUAGGAGGCCUGCCUCUGGCAGCCUUUAACCUGGGUAAGAUCCACCCCUUUCAGAGGGGCUUUUUCUGUAACGACGACAGCAUCAUGUACCCUUUCCACAAGAGUACAAUCACCUCCACAGUGCUCUACACUGUGGGCUUCGCGCUGCCCAUUAGCUGCAUGAUCAUUGGCGAGUGCCUUUUAGUUCAUCUAAAGCGCAUCAAAUCCAAGUCCUCGUUCGGCAGCUACAUUGCCUGUGUUUACAAAGCCAUCGGUACCUUCCUUUUCGGCGCUGCCAUGAGCCAGUCUCUGACCGACAUUGCCAAGUAUUCUAUUGGCCGGCUCAGACCACACUUCCUGGAUGUGUGCAAACCUGAUUGGACACGUAUCAACUGUUCAUCAGGGGCUUAUAUUGAAGACUUCCCCUGCACUGGAGACCCGACGAGUGUCACUGAGGGCAGGCUUUCCUUCUAUUCCGGCCAUUCCUCUUUUUCCAUGUACUGCAUGCUGUUCCUGGCUCUGUACCUGCAGGCUCGACUCCAGGCUGAAUGGGCGAGGCUACUGAGACCGACAAUCCAGUUUUUCCUGAUUGCUGCCUCAGUCUUCACAGGAUUGUCCAGGGUGUCCGAUUAUAAACAUCACUGGAGUGAUGUGCUGACUGGACUCCUGCAGGGUGCCCUCAUGGCAAUCCUGGUGGUCUUCUUUGUGUCUGACUUUUUCAAGCCACACAAAGAGUCCCAUAAAGAAGAGGACAUCCCGCACACUACCCUGCAGGAGACCCCAACAAAUGGAAACCCACUUUGAGAGUCCCAAUUAAGCUAAUCAACAGGUGGAGGAUGAUACCUCUGCUCUGUCCCAAAUGCACACCCUCCAGGAUCCCAGCUCUCUAGCCUUUCAUCUCAUGCCAAUUCCCAAUCGACACCCUGCAUGGAUUUACACUGUACUUGAUUUUACUUCAAGGAAGAAAGUGGAUGACAUGUGCAUCACCCAGAAGUAACCUUUGGAAGCUACACCUCAGGACUGUUCAGAUUUUAAAACUUUAUAAUUUUAGGUAAUUUGCUGUCUUGUCCACCAAUUCUCCACCUGGAAGGAAAGUGUUGAGACUACCUGUCCAAGCCUCAUAGGUUAGGGGCUAGAGAUUCUGUAAGGACAGGAGCCAUUAAGCAUGUAUCUACUGAGCUGGUGGGAAGACUUAACUGCAGGCACCCACUCAAGGGUCUGACCACUGCUGAGAGAGAGAGGAGGGUUGGAAACCUGUGAAUGUAACCUCGCUUUGUGCUUUUUCCUGACCUGGAGUCAGUCUGU